UGAUAUAAAGCUAAUAAUUACAUACUAAUGUACUUUAAAAACAGGAGAAAAAUCUGCUUUAAUUCACAUUUUCUGUGUUUAUUUGUUUAUUUCUGAGUGUGUGUGUGUGUGUGGCAGCAGCUCUGCUUUUGCGCAUGAUCAGAUCACUCUCUCUCUCUCUCUCUCGCUCUCUCUCUCUCUCUCUCUCUCUCUCUCUGAUCCUGAUCCUGGUUCCUGCUCGGUCGCGGUCGCGGCUUCAUCGCCAGCGGUGCGUGUUCAGGUGGAUUCUGUCUCCGUCUCUGCCUGGAAAUCGAAUCCAUCCCCGGUGUUUCCACCCUUCAUCUCUACCGGAAAAACCACCGUCUCUCAGCGUCGCUGGGUUACGACCAUCAUCAUCAUCAUCAUCAUCAUCCUCCGCAGAUUCCGGCUCUCCCCUCGCUCUCAGUCCGCCUUAUCAGCCUUCAGGCCGGGAGAGAAGAUGAAGAGAGGAGGGGGAGAUGGACACCAGUGGUCAAGGUGAGACGUCUGUGACCCAGGUGUAUUACUCAUGUUGUGGGGACAAAAUGUCCUUUUCCCACCAGAAACUGAAGUUUGUGAACCACUCCCUCUCCCACAGCAAAGUCUACAGAGAAAAUGCUGCUGGUCCUCUGCUGCCUCAUGUGGUCACUUUGUGUCACUGAGGUAACGCAGAACUAAGGAUUUCAAACGCCAAAGUCACAAAAUAUCACAUUUGAACUUCACAUCUCAACAACUCCGGUGUGUGUGAUGUCAAAUCACUGGUUUUCUCCGUGGACUUUGGUGCAGGAGAGUGAAAUGAUGCACAGAUGGAGAGUUUGGUGAAGACAUGAGCACAUCCCACAGGUUUCCAUGGAGACCUCAUUCGACGCCGUAGAGCUCCGGGAGCUGAGGGGCGGAGCAGACCGGCGAGGUGCGUGUCAGACGGCGGCCACAGUGAGCUGCGCCGCCCACGGCUUUGAAAACGCGUCCUUCCAGCAGGACGAAGAGCAAAUCCACCAGCAGGAGGCGACAGAGUCAGCGACCUGUCAGCCCUCAACUUCAAGCAGCAACAAGCAGCAGCAUCGCGAGCUCUGUCCUCAGUCGUACGACGAGGAGGACGGCGUCGGCAGCGGCGAGCACGAGGAUGGACAGGACUUCACCGAGCGGAAUCCUCCUGAAGACCACUCUGCCGACUACGGCUUCAUCUUCGCCCUGGUGUUCCUGGUGGGCGGGAUCGUCCUGGUCGUCAUCGCCUACACCAUCCCCAGAGAGGCCAAAGUCGACCCGGACUCGGUGUCGGCUCGCCAGAUGGAGAAGCUGGAGAUGUACUACGCCGAGCUGGGCGCACACCUGGACAAGUGCAUCAUCGCCGGUCUGGGCCUGCUGACGCUGGGCGGGAUGUUCCUGUCCGUGCUGCUCAUGGUUUCCAUCUGCCGGGGAGAGAUGUACCGCCGCAGGGUGGCGUUUGUUCGACCCAAGAGGACGUACGGCUCCAUCAAUCUGAGGCUGAAGCAGCUGGCGACGGGAGAGGCAGGUGGAGCUGAGGCCGGGGGUGAGGAGCUUUUGGUGGGACAAGCACAGAAUGGAAAUAACAUACAAUCGGGGCCGAGCUGUGACUCAAAUUCAGAAUCAGAACCGGGACCAAGCAGACUCCUCCCCACUGCGGCUGCUUCCUCUUCUUCUUCAGCUGCACUUGGAGUCAUUUAGCCGAGUUCUGCGGUUUCACCUUCCUCUGUGUUAGCGCUCUGUGGCAGAAUGGGGACGUGCAGGUCCUCCAUCUGUGCUGACAGGAGAAGCUCAAGGCUUUCGGGUGAAGCGACCCAGCUUUAACCCCCGCGUUUUGGGGUGUACGUAAAGUGGGUUCAUGGAUUAUUUAUUCUAAUCGAUCCCAAGGGAUGUUUGAAUUAGUUCGACAGAGGAGGGGUCGAUGAAGUAGAAGACCAGAGGUAAACCUGUGGCUGUGUGGAUUAGAGUUCCUGUACAAAAUCCCAGUAUGUUUUUCAGAAAAGCACAGAGUGUCCCCCGUGUCCCCACGUCCCCGCGUCCCCCAAAACCAUGGUCACCACAUCUGAGGUGGAAAGUUCAAGAGGGUAACAUUUAGCUAACACUAAUGGCACGUUUCCUUUAUACAGUUCUAGCUCUACACAACUCUCUACACAGCUCUACACAACUCUACACAG